AUGAACAUUACGACUGAGCGGCUCCUACUGAGGCCAGUCCAGCAUGACGACCUGGAUGGUUUUCACAGACUUCAAGCUGAUCCUCAGGUGACGCAGUGGACCAAGCAGGGACCGUGCAAGACGUUGGAGCGCUCUGAACAGAUGCUCGACGAUCUGCUCGUGCUCGUGAACAUUUCACCACCAGACCAGCCUAUACUGAUCCAUGCCAUCACAAUACUUCUAUCUUCAGAACUGGUCGGGCUUGUGGGAACCUUCAGGCCACGCGAGAUUGGGUUCUCGCUUCUACCAAGUCACUGGGGUAAAGGCUAUGCUCAGGAAGCCACGAGAGACUUCUGCACAUGGUAUGUCAAGGCAUUUCCGGCGCAGACAUUGUUUGCCAAAGUGAAUGCCGACAACGCAGCAAGUAUCAAGUGUCUUCGUAGGUGUGGCUUCUCGCCUGCUACCGAAAUGGAACUUUCCUCGGACGACGCUUUUAGCAAAGACACGGAAAGGGUGACGUGGCUUCUGAGGGUACCCUAA